AUGAGCCUCACUCUUGGGCUCCCCAAAAGCUUCAGCCAGCCUUUUGAACCCGGAGCGCGCCCGCGGGGGCACGGGCGGCGCCGACAACGGGUGUGGAUUCGCGGGGCGCCCGCCGGGCAGACCCCGACUCAUUUCCAUGACAAGGGCCCCCGCGGCUCCCGCGCCCUCCGCGAGCGACUGUCUCGCGGCUGGACUCCCGGGGGCGGGGACCCCAGCGCCGCCCACGCCUCGGACCCGACCCGGGUGAGCUCCGGGCGCCUCGCGGCCCGCGGGGCCCGCCCCCUCGGCGGCGGCGGCCCCGCCCCGCGGCCCGGGCGGCGCGGGGGGCCCGGGCGGGGAUUGGCGCAGCGCGCGCCCCCUCGGCGGCCCCCGCGCGGUGGGAACCGGCGGCCCCGUCUGGCGCUGACGUCAGACCGUCUGCCCGCCGGCCCGGCCGCCAGAAACCCGAUCUCCUUGGCCUUGAAUGAGGAGGCGGCGGCGGCGGCGGCGGCGCGGGGAAGCAGCGGCGCAGCUCGGCCCCCGCCCCGGCCCGGCCGCCCGCGCGGCCCCCGGACGCCGCCCGCGCGCCCCGCCGACGCCCCCGCGCGCGGCCCCGGCGCGGCCGGGGGGCGCCGGGCCGCGCGGCCCCCGCGCCCGCCGCGCCGCGCCGCCGCGCCGCGCGCGCGCCGCUUGAUGGGGGCCAACGCCACCGCCGCCGCCGCCGCCGGGCAGCCCAAUGUCUCCUGCACGUGCAACUGCAAGCGCUCUUUGUUCCCGAGCAUGGAGAUCACCGAGCUGGAGUUCGUGGAGAUCACGGUCAUCGUGGUGGUGGUGAUGGUGAUGGUGGUGGUGAUCACGUGCCUGCUGAGCCACUACAAGCUGUCGGCGCGCUCCUUCAUGGGGCGGCACAGCCAGGCCCGCCGGAGGGACGACGCGCUGUCCUCGGAAGGCUGCCUCUGGGCCUCGGACAGCACCGUGUCCGGCACUGGACUCCCGGAGCCCUACGCCCAGCCGCGGGCCCCCGACCGCCUGGCCGUGCCGCCCUUCGCGCCGCGGGACCGUUUCCAGCGCUUCCAGCCCACCUACCCGUACCUGCAGCACCACAUCGACCUGCCCCCGACCAUCUCGCUGUCGGACGGGGAGGAGCCGCCGCCCUACCAGGGCCCCUGCACGCUCCAGCUGCGGGACCCCGAGCAGCAGCUGGAGCUGAACCGCGAGUCGGUGCGCGCGCCCCCGAACCGAACCGUCUUCGACUCGGACCUGAUGGACGGCGCCGCGCUGGGGGGCCCCUGCCCGCCCAGCAGCAACUCGGGCAUCAGCGCCGCGGGCUACGGGGGCGGCGGGCGCAUGGAGGGCCCGCCCCCCACCUACAGCGAGGUCGUCGGCCACUACCCGGGCCCCGCGCCCCCCGCCCUGCUGGAGGGGACCCGCCUGCCGCCCGCGCACAUCUCCCCCGAGAGCACUGCGGGCUGGAGCAAGGACAAGGAGAAGCCGCAGGGACCGGCGCUCUAG